AUGAUAAGGGAGCAUAGAGUACCUGCUGGCCCGCGACCGGCAAACCAGUCCCCGACUAGAUUUAAUAGGGGCAUCCCGGACUCGAGAACCACUUCACCCUCAAAGGGCUCGCUUGCCAACGGUCCAAUGCUCAGUGCAUCUUCGGCCACUAAUCACCCUCUGUUUCAAUUCGGUCGGAAUGGCGCCGCGAAUGAAGUAGGAGAGUCGACCAAUACAUACGACUUUCUGCCCUCGGUCAACUUCGACGACCUUCAAAGCAGCCUCGAGUCCGCCUCCAACGAUUUCAAAUUGACCCAGUUCCCGUCCCCGACCGGUCAAGGGAGCAUUUUGGAGACUCAGGGCAUGGCCGACAAAAUGGGCGGGGGUUCCAACUUGGCCCAGAACGGCGGAUCUGCGCGCGCUGGAAUUCCCACGACCGCGACCCGCUCUGGAAGAUCUGGUUCUAUCCUGAGGAGACCUAGCAUCUCCAACAGGCAGCCCAGUGUUGCUUCCACCGCCUCCGGCCCUUCAUCGGUCGCCGAUUCCUCGACCGGCCCCUCGGCUGCAAGACCCCGACGCCAAAGCCAUUACCCCCCAGUAUCGAAUACCAAUAUCGCGAAACCUCCCAGAAAGUCCAUUGGUCCAGGCGUUGAGACUGAUUUGGGUAGUCGCACUGCCCAACGGAGGAGACCGAGCCUGAUUGGCUACAUGGGUGGUGGAACGGAUUCCACUCGGACCUCGAUCGACGUCAGUUCGGGCGCUGGAUUUGAGACUCCACGAAAUCCCACAAGCAACAGAGCGACGAAAGCUAAAUCCAUGCACCAAGCGCUUACCCGGACAAGUACGGCGAACCUCUCGACCCCCGACGGUGGCCGUCUCUCUACGAUAUCACCUCGAUCCCCCCGAGGUGAAAGCAAGGGAAGCAGCGCUUCGGCUCCGUCGAGACGACAAUCCGUUAUGCCCGGCAUGCCUCAUGCAUCGCACGUAAGCGGACUGGGUGCCAGGACCAUCAGUCCUACAGACACGCGGAGAAUGAAGCGCAUGUCUAUGCAUCAUGUCCCGAGUCCCAGCCAGCCGGGCGACGCGCCUCCUCCACCGCCACUCGAGCACCGAGAACACUCUAGAUCUCCAUCAAUGAUACCACGAAAGGCCUCUGCAACGCCGUCCUCAUCUCGAACUACCCCCGACAUGAAUAGAAAGUCCUACAGCUCCGGCCUGUCCAUUACCUCGACCAACAGCUUCAACACGGUGAGAACCUCGACCGGUUCUUCAAUCCAACCCAGAGCACCUGCAGCGGGUGCGGCGUCGCGGCUUCCUGCACCAAAAUCAUUUACCCCACAUAACCACAAUUCACAUUCCGCUGACGACGACGAGGACGUUCCGCCCGUACCUGCUAUUCCGAAAGCGUACGAAUCACCACAGCAGUCCGCCACAGAGGGGUCGUUUUUGGACAAGCGGAAAGCCAAUCUCGCUGCUGACGCGAGCAGUAUCAACAGUAAUUCCACUGGCAGUUUUUCCAUACCCUCGCUUCCUGAACCCGCUGUCAAGGUAGCACGAAAGGCUAGUACCCGGAAGUCGACGAAUGCGGCAGCUCUGGACGCCGAAAGGAAGGGGAACCCUACUCAAUCGAGAAAGAAUCCCCAGCCUGUGCGGCUUCCCCCAAUCACUGUCGGGCCUUUGAACCCUUCCACGACAGCCAAGAUCGCUGCACUGGGCCAAAAUGUCCCUGACAGGAACUUGAGCCCACCCCCGUCGCGCAUCAUUGCGAAGACGCCCACCACGCCCAUGACCGCGUCCAAGAGUUCCUUUUUCUCCAGGAACCGACAGGACGACAAGGGAGAAUUUAGUUUACGAAGCAGCAGCACCGUUCACCACGCCCGCCUUGACAGCACAUCCGGUGCCGAUGGCACAAGCUCGUCCGAGUCGUUUGAGGGCGUAUCGAAGAAGCUGAUCGGCAAGCCCAGCGUGUCCCCUUUCUUGUCUUCUUCGGUACCCAAAGCAGGUCCUGAUCCUGCCUUCCUCAAGAGGUCAAAGACGAGUGACUUGGCCAACGCCACGGAGCCUGUCGACGCGAAGCCCGUCCAAAAGCCUUCCGGCCCUCGUGCUCCGCGCCCACCCAAGGCGAAAUCGCCGACACCACCGGCUUCCGAUCCGGAAGAGCCACCCACACCGUCUUCUAUGAGCUCUCUCCGUAGAAAAUUAAGCUUGUCAUGGAAGCGUAACACCUCCAAGAACGACUCAAAGUCCGCAGCGGAUAAGACUCUGGAGCGAAGCCUUAGUAAGGAACAGAUGCCUCCACCGCGGUUACCAAUUUCUGCAACGGUCGGAAAUCUGAACUCGGCAAAGAACAGCCCUAGCCCCUCUGUGAAGACAAACACUUCUUAUCUCGACUCAAGGAGGCGGAAGAGCUCGGCGGCAAGCCUGGGUCACGAUAGGACCAAAAGCGAGAACUGGACCUCAGCUUCUGUACCCAAGACCCAUCACGAAUCAACUCACCCUCACAAUCCCUCUGUGAUGCAAAAGAUUUUACGCCCGAAGGCGUCUGCGACCACUAUGCGGCACCAGGACCCCUGGACUGCAGAUCUUGACAGGGACGAUCUUGUUGCCGAGGAGGAGAUGAAGAAAAUGGGUGCCAGGAGGAAGGAAACUGAAAUUGCGGCCAGGACCCUCGACGCGUUGCGAAAACGGGCCACUCCCAAAGAGAGAGUCGGGUCCCAGGAAGCCAUCCGGAUUGCUAUGCUCAACAUUUAUGAGCGAGGCGAAAUCGUUGACUAUAACGAUGUCUACUUUUGCGGAACGCAAAACGCCCGCAAGGUUGUCGGUGACCUUCAGUCCGAGGCACCCAACUUUGGCUAUGACGACGAGCGUGGGGAUUAUACUAUUGUCCCUGGCGACCACCUCGCCUAUCGUUAUGAGAUCAUUGAUAUUCUUGGAAAGGGAAGUUUCGGCCAGGUUGUCCGCUGUAUUGACCACAAGACGGGCGUGCUCGUGGCUGUCAAGAUCAUUCGCAACAAAAAGAGGUUCCACCAGCAAGCUCUAGUCGAAGUCAACAUUCUUCAAAAGCUUCGCGAAUGGGACCCCAAAAACAGACACAGUAUGGUCAACUUCACUCACAGCUUUUAUUUCAGAGGACAUCUCUGCAUCUCUACCGAGCUCCUGGACAUGAACCUUUACGAGUUCAUUAAAGCGAACGCCUUCCGUGGAUUCUCACUCAAACUUAUCCGCCGGUUCACCAAGCAGAUGCUUAGCUCGCUCAACCUCCUCAAGCAGCACAAGGUAAUUCACUGUGAUCUCAAACCAGAGAACAUCUUGCUGCGUCACCCGAUGCAUUCGGAAAUCAAGGUUAUCGAUUUUGGCUCUAGCUGUUUCGAGAACGAAAAAGUCUACACUUAUAUCCAGUCCCGUUUCUACCGAUCCCCGGAGGUUAUCCUGGGUAUGACAUAUGGUAUGCCCAUUGACAUGUGGAGUUUGGGAUGCAUUCUGGCCGAGUUGUACACCGGAGUCCCCAUUUUCCCUGGCGAGAACGAGCAAGAGCAGCUCGCCUGCAUCAUGGAGGUGUUUGGCCCGCCUGAGAAGCAUCUCAUUGAAAAGAGCACACGCAAGAAGCUGUUCUUCGACUCCAUGGGCAAGCCGCGCCUGACAGUUUCUUCCAAGGGACGAAGACGCCGCCCUUCCUCGAAGACUCUUCAACAGGCACUCAAGUGUGACGAUGAGGCAUUCCUUGACUUCCUCGCCAGGUGUCUCCGCUGGGAUCCCGAUAGACGUCUCAAGCCAGAGGAGGCCAUCCAUCACGAAUUUGUAAGUGGCAAGAAGGUGAGCGCACCUCUUCCGCGACUCCCUACGGCUCGCGAUACAUCCCCGGCGAAGCGCCACACCACCGCCGCUACGCCUCGCCCACUGCCCGAACCUCCCGCUGCGGGCAUUAAGAGCAACCCGGGUUCAAGACAUGUGAGUGGUGCGAGCCCUCAUAAGCUUGUCUCAGGUUCGUCCUCUCGCAGACCUUCAGUAGCGACCGCUGGUACUGUCCAUGUCGCCACGGCCAAGCGCACCAGCACAGGGCAAGGUGGUAUUAGCGUUGGCACCAGCAACCUUCCUCGCGCGGCCAUCAGGAGCGUCAGCGCCAAACAAGAUCUUGCCUCGGCUGGAGCCACUGCGGCCAUGAGUCGGCGGGGAUUGUAG